GGGAAUUAGUUUCCGAUUUGCUCCCAAAUAGACAACGACGAUGAACAGCCGUGAAGACCUCAAGACGACGCCCGUCGACCCGCGCUUCCCGACGCAGAACCAGACGCAGCACUGCUGGACCCGCUACAACGAGUGGGCGCUCUGCCUGAAGAAGAACGACGACGACGAGGAUGCUUGCAAGCAGACGCGCCAGUACGCCAAGGCCAUCUGCCCCGGCUCGUGGAUGGAGAAGUGGGACACGGAACGCGACGAUGGCAACUUCUCGGGUGUCCAAAAAUAAAUAUACUAGCCACAACGUGAUACCUGACGACGGUCAGUAAGUGAAAUGAAGAAACUCAUUGCCUCGGUUG